CUGUCAGUCGUAAAUUUUGUUUACCACAAAUUUGACCUUUAUGCAGGUGUUUUGCCUUUAUUUCUCGCGUAGAUAAGAGAUAAUCUUUAAACUGAAAAUCUAUGAUGUUAUUCUUGUGUCUUGUGGAGAAGGUUUUUGCUCCUGUCUGGGGUUGCUCAGCUGGCUAAAUCUACAACGAAGUUGUCAUGGAAAUCGUGUCGGAAGGAAGUUUGGAGUCUAUUAGCAGACCUGCAAGCUGUGAUACUACAAGAAGUAGGGAUCUGCAGCUGCCACAAGCUCAUAAACAUGGCCAAAUGAAAGGAUUCCUAGAAGAGCUUCCUCCUGAAGCCGUCACAGUCAAUCUUGAUGAAGACGUAGACUCCGAGGAUGACCCGAUUAUUUCUCCAGUUGAGAAUGAUGUAGUUUUAGAAGACAUGUUUGAAAGAACUACAACAGCAAACAGCAAUGCAAGCAUAGAGGAAGAAAUAGAUGAAGGAGAGGACAAAGUCUCUGAGACGGGUGCUUCUGAUAAAAGUGCUCAUGUAGUCAAACAUGAGGAGUCUCGGGAUGAGAGCACAGCUGAGGCAACCCUGGACCCAAAAAUACGAAAAGGACUUGAGAGAAUAAGAAAACUGGAUGCAAUUCUUGCUGAUAAGCUCAAGAAAGAAAAGGAAAUCAAAAUUCAUAGAAGGCAACUGGAAAAGAAGUGGAGAGAAGAAAUAAGUCAACUGGAUCAGCAGCGAGAACAAGAGGGUCAUGGGAAAAUAGAACUGGGUGUUGGCCAUGCCCUCGCUCUUGGUCCACCAACUGAUGACAACUUACCAGAUGAAGUUGAGUCUAUACCAGUGACUCCAUUGUUUGCUACACAACCCAUUCCUAAUGAACAAGAGAAUAUGGCCUCUCCCUCUGAAAGAGGUGUCAGCUCUAGCUGUGAUUCCUGGGCAGAACAAGAUAUUGAUGAUGUGGAGAGCAAAAGUUCAAAGAGAACGCGUAAGAGAAGAGGAAGCAAACAGUCAAAAUCCAAAGGAAAAGAACAGAACUUUGUGAAGCGAAACAUUGAGUUGGCAGCCGAUGCAGGGAAUGUGAUUCCCAUGACAGAAGCGGAGAAAAAACGAUUAGAAGCGCUUCUGUCGGAUGAAACAGAUCUACUGAUGGUGGAGAAUGCUUACUCUGAAGGACUAUCAUUACCAGCUGGUGAGGGUUUCACUCUGGACAGUGAGUCACUCGCUUCACUCGCCGAUAUAGACAGCAAACUGCAGGAACUUGUUCCCCAAGAAGAGAUUGACUUAUUAGCAAGUCAAGAAUCUUGGAAAUUUCACAGAGAACUUGACCACAUCUCACAAGAUGGGUCAAGUGCGAAAGAUGUCGACACCAUAGGACUGGGAGAGAGGAUUCUUCGAGAGGAGAAAGAAAUGAGAGAAAUGAAGAACAGAUUGUUGGCUAUCGAGGCCGAACUUCAAACCCUCUACAGAGAGACUGGUGACGAAUCUGAGGCCGGCUUGUCAGAGGACAUAUUAGCGAGGCUUAUCGACGUCAGCUCAAGAACCACAUCAAGGAGCACAACAGUAUCGGAAAGUGUAAUGUCAGCGCUCUCUUCCAUCAGACCUGGCGACGAAAUGAUACACGAGGAGGAAAAACCUCCAGCGUUAGCAAUACUUGACGGCAAUGUUGACACGAGAAGUGAGAGCAGGCAAGGUUCGCACCGAAGCUCGGUCACUCCGGAUGAUCAGAAUGAUACCGCCCGAGCUAACAGUCGACAGAGUGUCAAUAGUGUAGAUUUCAAUGGGAGUAGACAGCAGGGCAGCCGUUCAAGGGGAGAAUUGAAUUCACGGAGCAGUACAAGAGAUUCAAAUCGUGAUAAAGAACAUGGCAACCGGCCAAAGAGUAGAAAUUAGUGUAUAGUGGCAGAUAAUCUGGUGCCUCCCUCCAACUGAUACCAUGGGCCACCUUCACUCCCCCCUAGGGCACGUCUUCACCUCUCUCCCCCUCCCCCCCUUCGUGAGUGCCUCUGGAUUCCGGCCUGGAUUCACCACUGCGUACACUAGGAAAGCUAAUAUAUUUGUAAUAAAAAUAAUGCAAAUCGGAUGGUCAGAGUUCGAUUGCAUGUUUAAGACAGGCUUCCAACUUAGUGGAAUAUUAAACGCAAGAAUCUCGUUGUAUUCAUUCAGAGCCUCCUACCAACACUUGAGACAGUCUUUCCGAGACAAAACAGGCUUUGAAUACCAGUUUGAGUAUAAACAUUGUUUCGCAAACGAUAGUCAACGCAAAAAAAUUCCAACAUAGACAUUGAACGUGCUUUACUCAAGUCAGUUUCCACGGGAGUGUUUUAUUUAUACAAAGCGGUGUGAAAGGUUUCAAAGAAAUCGAAGAAGUUUCAAAGGGAGGAACGACUUUGCCAAUAGAAUAAAGGUAAACCAUCAGCCUUUCCUUGCAAUUUUGUGCAAGACCAAAUAUUAGCUCCUGGCUCGCUCGUAAGAUUAAAACAUUACAGAGUGUAAAGAGAAGUGAUAAAUACGUAUUUUCCAAAGAUGUGGCUUUUGUACAUACACCCCAAACUUGUUAGUCGUUGGAAAACAAGAGUUUAAUGUAAAAUAAAAGAGGGCAACUGAAGUAUUGUCCAGUGAAACAA